CCGGCGGCGGCGGCGGCGGCGGCGGAGGAGGAGGAGGAGGAGGCUGAGGCUGAGGCAGCGGCAACCCCUGGAGGAGCAGGAGCAGCCGCAGCCGGAGGAGCAGCCCCGGCAGCCCCAGCCCCCGCCGCAGCAGCAGCAGCGGCAGCAGCUGGGGGAAGAGGAAGAGAAGGAGGAGGAGGAGGAGGAGGGAAGGAAGAUGGCGGCGGUGGAGCUGGAGUGGAUCCCAGAGACGCUCUACAACACCGCCAUCUCUGCCGUGGUGGACAACUACAGCCGCUCUCGCCGCGACAUCCGCUCCCUGCCCGAGAACAUCCAGUUCGAUGUCUACUACAAGCUUUACCAACAAGGCCGUUUAUGUCAGCUGGGUAGCGAAUUUUGUGAAUUAGAAGUUUUUGCUAAAGUGUUGAGAGCUUUAGACAAAAGACAUUUGCUUCAUCACUGUUUCCAGGCUUUGAUGGAUCAUGGUGUGAAAGUUGCUUCUGUCUUGGCCUACUCAUUCAGUAGACGGUGCUCUUAUAUAGCAGAGUCAGAUGCUACAGUGAAAGAAAAAGCAAUCCAGAUUGGCUUUGUUUUAGGUGGCUUUCUCUCAGAUGCAGGUUGGUACAGUGAUGCAGAGAAAGUUUUCCUGUCCUGCCUUCAGUUGUGUACUCUACAUGAUGAGAUGCUUCAUUGGUUUCGUGCAGUAGAAUGUUGUGUGAGGUUGCUUCAUGUUCGGAAUGGAAACUGUAAAUAUCAUUUGGGUGAAGAAACAUUCAAAUUAGCUCAAUCUUAUAUGGACAAGCUCGCAAAACAUGGCCAGCAGGCAAACAAAGCUGCUCUUUAUGGAGAAUUGUGUGCUUUACUCUUUGCAAAAAGUCAUUAUGAUGAGGCUUACAAAUGGUGCAUAGAAGCUAUGAAAGAAAUCACAGUUGGUUUGCCAGUCAAAGUAGUGGUGGAUGUUUUACGGCAAGCUUCAAAGGCUUGUGUAGUAAAGCGUGAAUUUAAGAAGGCAGAACAGUUAAUAAAACAUGCAGUGUACUUAGCACGGGAACAUUUUGGAGCCAAACACCCAAAAUAUUCAGAUACACUGCUAGAUUAUGGAUUUUACUUACUCAAUGUAGAUAAUAUCUGCCAGUCUGUUGCAAUUUAUCAGACAGCCCUUGAUAUUCGACAGUCAGUAUUUGGAGGAAAGAAUAUACAUGUAGCCACAGCGCAUGAAGACUUGGCUUAUUCUUCUUAUGUUCACCAAUAUAGUUCUGGAAAAUUUGACAAUGCACUAUUCCAUGCAGAAAGAGCAAUUGGAAUCAUCAAUCAUAUACUUCCAGAAGACCAUCUUCUUUUGGCUUCCUCAAAGAGAGUGAAAGCACUUAUUUUGGAAGAGAUUGCAAUUGACUGUCAUAAUAAGGAAACUGAGCAGAGGCUGCUUCAAGAAGCUCAUGAUUUGCAUCUGUCUUCACUCCAGCUGGCUAAAAAAGCUUUUGGGGAGUUUAAUGUUCAGACUGCAAAACACUAUGGCAACCUUGGAAGACUCUAUCAGUCUAUGAGAAAAUUUAAGGAAGCAGAAGAAAUGCACAUCAAGGCAAUUCAGAUUAAAGAACAACUUCUUGGUCAAGAAGAUUAUGAAGUAGCCCUUUCAGUGGGACAUCUGGCUUCUUUGUAUAACUAUGACAUGAAUCAAUAUGAAAAUGCAGAGAAACUUUAUUUGAGAUCAAUAGCAAUUGGGAAGAAACUUUUUGGUGAAGGCUAUAGUGGACUAGAGUAUGAUUAUCGAGGCCUCAUUAAACUUUAUAAUUCAAUUGGCAAUUAUGAGAAAGUAUUUGAGUACCACAAUAUUCUUGCCAAUUGGAAUCGGUUGCGGGAUCGUCAAUUUUCAGUGACAGACGCUCUGGAAGAUGUAAACACCAGCCCGCAGUCCACUGAAGAAGUGGUUCAAUCUUUCUUGAUGUCUCAGAAUAUUGAAGGACAGAGCUGCUGAGGGUGAACCUCAAUUAACCAAUUUACCUUCUCCCAGAUUCCAGGGGAAUUCAUACUGUGAAAUCAAAACCAUGUAGUUUUCUGGGGCUGGAAUUUGCGUUGAAACACUGGUCCAGUCCAUUGAAGGCCCUGUUUGGGUAACCCCUGUCUCACAGAGUACCCGUAGGAAUAAGCGCGUAUUCAAUUUCUUAUCAGCAUGUACAGCAUGUGUAGUAGUCUGGCUCACAUUUUCAACCUAGUAGAACAAACACCAGAAGAUCCUAUUUUUUUCUUUUUCAAAGGAAGUCAUUUUGCAGAGAGCCUGCAAGAAAAACCCUAAAUAAAACUAUUUAAGAGUUUAAAAGAGUUGCAUUCUUAUUAUGAAAGGAUGAUUUUAACAACUGUUUUUAACAAAUAAUUCUUCCAUGUGGAGGUAUUCAAUACUGUAUUGUAAAAAGAUUUUAUGGAAAACAGUCUUUAUAUGCAAUAUAGAAAAGUUAAUCACAAAUACUAAUGAAAGAGGGAUGUCCUGACGUAGGUUUGGCUGCCUUACCAAGGGAAUAGAGAAGAACCACUCCAGAAACAUGUUGUGAACCACACUAUGUUGCAAGGGAAGGACUGUUAAACCAUCUGAACUGGACCAGUGUUGAUCUGUAAGUAAUAGAAGAUCUGAUAGACCAAUGAUCUUAUUUUUAUUUUUUUGUUUUGCUUGGUUUUGGUUUGUUUUAGUUUUUUUUUUUUUGGUACAGCAAAAGCAAGAAGUUCUAAUAGUAUUUCAUGACAGGACCAGGAAGGAUCUAAGAGGACCAGUCUUUAUAACUAAAGGUUAUUUGGACCAGUGGCUUUAAUUUAAUAUUUCUGCCCCUGCAUAUAUACUUUACCAGUAGUGUGAUUUCAUUUAGAUGUAUGAUGAUCAACGAUAUGCAAAAAUUAUGUAAUAGAUUUUUUAAAAUACUAGGAAUGAAAGUUGGCAGUGGCAUGUCUUUAGUAAAGGUACACAAAUGUUGAUGCCAUAAGCAACCCUAGAAAUGCUUUAAUAUCUGCUACAGCCACUCCUUUCCCUAUUACCGCAUUUUAAAUAAGCUUACCAGUAAUUGAGGCAGUAAAAUGUAUACUGGCAAAUAACUUUGUGAAAAAAUCUAGUUCUGUGUAUGGGGACUUCUUAUUGUACAUUUUGCAGCAGAAGGGGUCAUUGAAGAGAGGGAGGAAUGCCCCAAAAGCACAAUAAGUCUUUUAGUGAUGUUUCAUUUCUAAGGUGAAUAUUAUACAAUCAGAAACAUUUUUUGCUGGAAAGGCAUCAAUUAAAUAUAAAACUCCCCUAAUACUUUAUGCUUGUUUCACUAGCUUGUCUUAAUUUUUGUUUGUUGGAUUUUAGGAGUAUUUUUUUUUACUAAACCAGUCAGGUUAUUUAAUAUUGAGGUAAUAUACAAAUUUGAGAAUGGUUAUGUCAUGUAGCAAUUAAGAAACAAAAAGAUCUUUUACUAUUACCUCAAUUCUUAUUAUAGUGGCACAAACUAUGCCUCUAUAGUUAAGGGUCUGGGUUUUCCCCCCUAUUUUCAGGGGUUUUCAUGAUUUGGCUGUUGAAAUUUUGCUCCUAGCUGAAGCUUGGAGUGAUGUGUGUGUAUGAGUGAUUGUGUUUUUGUUUUAACAUUAAGAGUGGGAUGGAACUCUACUUAAAGAUCUCCCAAGUUGAGUGCAAAAAAGAAAAUUUCAAUUAAUGAUUUCAGACACUUUAAAUUACUCAGCAAAGUUUUUUUUAAGUUACUAUUUUUCAGUCUGUUAGUUUUGCAAGGGGAUGGGGAAGAGGAAUGUAGGAAAGAUUCCUAAUAAAUAGGAUAUUAAUUAGUAUUAAUAUAAAAAUUUGGGCUUACUAAUUGCAGAGGUGUCUUAAUUUUUUUUAAAUUAUGGAUUGAUUGCAUUGGCAUAUCAGCAAAACAAUGUAGAACUGGUUCUAGUCAUGCAAUCUGAUGUCAAAAGCCAGCUUUUUAAUUACUAGUAGUCUGUGUGCUGAAGGGCUAUAGUCUUUCCAAGCUGUUCAGAGCUAUCCUAAUAAAUAAUAGUAACUUAAAUUACUCCAAAGAUAAUUUACAGGAUAGACUAAUACUUGGUAUAAUCUGUAAGGAGUCAUUUGUUGUAAUUGAAGCAUAGGAAUGACUAGUGUAAAUUGUUUUUCAACAUGGUGUUCCCAUGCUUUAAUAUGAAGUUUUCAAAUUAACCAAAUGGGGGAAGGGGGGGGUUGGGAAUGGUUGGAGAGAGGGUUACAUUCACACACAGCCUCAAAGAAUUAAAUCAAGCAUACGACAGUUCCUUAGAAUUCCCUGUCAGUUCCUGAAUUUAACUUAUCCUGUUAUAAAACACUCAACCUAUCCAUGGUGAUGUUUCAGGCUACAGUGCCCAAAUGCCACCUUCUUUCAGAACAAUAUCAGUAUUUUGGGGGUUUUUCCUUUCUCCUCAAAGGAUAUAAAACUGAGCUCUUAACAUCAUUUUGAUGUAGGUUUACAUGAACUCAUUUCCCUUAAUGAUUUAAUACAAACUUUCCCAUUUUCAGAGAAAAAGUGAAAAGAAAGAGGGACUUGUCAGUUUAUUUUAUUAAUUUCUUGAUUAAUAAGGAAUAAUUCCCUGGUAAGUGUAAGAUUUCACCUUUAAUGGGGGAGCAUUUUGUAAUCAAAAGAGAUAAAUAUGACCAUAAUCCUCAAUGAAAUGAAUUAAACUGUCUGUCAUGCUUACUUAUUGCUUGGAAAACAUUUUACUUUUGUGAAUUCUCUAAGGAUUAUAUUGUGUUCAAAGCUUUAGAAUUUGGGAGGAGGUUCAUAUUCAUGAAUGAAUCUUGUUCUUACCUUUCCCCUAAUUUCAUUCCUUCUCUUCCCUAGUCAUCCAUCUAAGGUUUAGCACUCCUGGAGCUGAGUGUGUUGAUAAGCACUCAUUUAACACUAUCCUACCCCAUACAGCCCUGCAUUAAGAUUAGGGGUUCAUAUAUGUUUUCUUAAACUGUAGGCUGUUGUGGUCCCCCAAGCUGUCCCUGCUUAGAGCAUUUUUACCACCUUUUACCAACAAAUCUCUGACGCUGCUUUGUAGAAGGACACUCACUACUGUUUGUAGCUAGAUACCUGUUGUUUAAACUUAUUGCACACAAGGGGGCUUUUUUAAUUGAGGGGAGAGGACUGGGAUUUGCAAAGUUUUUGUUGGGCCUAACUUGUUAGGAAAACUUGGUUGUUUUUUGUGUUCUAAAAUGAUUCCCUCAGAUGAUGAAUUGUGCUACUUAUUUAGUACCUAGCCCAUGUGCAGGCAAAGUAUAAGGCAGAAAACACAGGCCUAAGACAUAAUUCAAGUUGCUGGCAUAAACUUUAUUUGAAAUAAGGAUUCACUGAAUAGCAAAGUAUAUGAACUACUUUUUGGUCAUAAAUUCCUAUAUUUUGUUGCCUGUGCUGCCUACCAAUUACAAUUUAUGGCAAAACUUUUAUCCAGAAUAAAAUGCUUACUGCUAAGUCAAGAUUUCCAUUUGGGGUUUUAUUUUCUUGGCCUAAAAAUGAUUAGACAUUUAAACUUUAGGCUUUGGGGAAAUGCAAUUCUUAUACAGACACACACAUGUUUGGGGGAAAAAAUACUUGAAAUCUAGAUUAAUCACCACAUUAAAGAGCUCUAGGUAUACUUUUGUCCCCAAAUCUCAGGAAAGUUUUAGGCAAUGAAAUCAGUCCCUAUGGGUGAUUUUAAAGGAGUGUGCUUUAGGUUUUUGUUUUUAACAAUACUGUACUUAAAUUGCAAUCUUAGGUAUCUAUAGCAUGAGUGGCCUUAGUGAGUUUGUUGAAGUGCACAUUUUUUUCAAAGGUAAAUUUUAAGAUAAAAAAAACAUAUAAAUAUAUAUAUAUAUAUAUACUAUAUAUAUAGAUAUCUAGAAAACUUGGUUUGUGGUGCACAAGUUAAGUGUUGGAUCACUAAAUAACUGUUGCAGGUACCAUUUGUGUAACAUUUUUCAUUUAUGUACAUUCCUUUGAUGGGAAGCUAUGUUGCCAUGGUAACUAAAACUUUACAGUUUAGUUCUACUCUUAUGGUGUGAAUGAAUGCUACAUUUAUUAAAUAUUACCAGGUUCAGUACUAUUUUUAUACUUUAUUGCUACAGGGGAUUUUAAUUUAAUGGGAUUCUUUUAAAAAAUAAAAGUAGUUGCUUGACUAUUAAAAGCAGCUUACUAAAAAUACCUUAUGUGAGAAUCCCCAUUAAUAGUGCCACAGUAAUUUAUAUAGAUAUUCCUAGGUCAUUAAUAGAUUUUGAAGACAAUUCUUUGUUGUGUCAAGAAUAAUCUUUCGUAUCAUACUUCGCACAGACUUGUAGUGCCCAACAUUAUUUGUAACCAUCAAACCAUAUUGAGUAUGUUUGUAACCAGCAUUGUGAUAUUCUGUAAUUGUAUUGCUAAAAAUGAAUUAUUGACCUAAUAAAUAGAGUGUUCCUGCA